AUGCUUUUUGCAAUUGAGGAGAUUAAUAACAGUACAGACCUACUGCCAGGAAUCUCUGUGGGCUAUAAAAUCUAUGAUACUUGUGGAUCUGUGGCCAGAAGUGUAGGUGUCACACUGGCUUUGGCUAAUGGAAAUGAAAUUGUGUCUGUACCCCCGAAGGCACCAUGUACCAGACCUGCACAUGUGCAGGCGAUAAUAGGAGAGACCUCUUCUUCUCCAUCCAUUGCAGUAGCUACUGUUAUUGGACCAUUUGUUCUGCCAGUGGUUUUGCAACACAUACGAAAGAUUCACAUCACAACAAAGGAAAGAGAUGAGGUUUACUUUAAUGAGAAUGGAGAUCCAGCAGCAAAGUAUGAAAUUAUAAACUGGCAGCCAAGAGAAAACGGCGUUGUGGAGUUUGUCACAGUUGGUCUUUAUGAUACAUCAUUGGCUCCAGAAAAACAGCUAAAUUUGCAAAACAAGGCUUUAAUUUGGGCAAGAAACACAAAGCAGGUUCCUGUGUCAGUUUGCAGUGAGAAAUGUCCCCCAGGAACACGCAAGGUUCUCCAGAAAGGAAGGCCUGUUUGCUGCUAUGACUGUAUAAGAUGUGCAGAGGGACAGAUCAGCAAUGUUACAGAUUCUGUCACCUGUGUGAGAUGUCUACCUGAGUUUUGGUCAAAUGAAAGAAGAGAUUCCUGUAUCAAGAAGGAAGCAGUGUUUCUGUCAUAUGAAGAAAUUAUGGGAGCACUGCUCACUGCAGCAUCUUUAUUUGGGGCAUGCAUGACAAUUGGUGUGAUACUCAUUUUCUUCAAGUAUAGGAAAUCUCCUAUAGUGAGGGCAAACAACUCUGAAUUGAGCUUCCUGCUGCUCUUCUCCUUAAUUCUGUGCUUCCUGUGUUCUCUGACCUUCAUUGGUCAGCCCUCUGAUUGGUCCUGUAUGCUCCGACAUGUAGCAUUUGGCAUCACCUUUGUCCUCUGUAUCUCUUGUCUUCUGGGAAAAACAAUAGUUGUUUUAAUGGCUUUCAGAGCUACACGUCCAGGUAGUAAUGUUAAAAAAUGGUUUGGGCAGACACAGCAGAGACUCUGUGUUACAGCAUUCACUCUUAUACAAGUUGUCAUUUGUAUCAUCUGGUUAACAACUUUUCCUCCUUUUCCAUCUAAGAAUUUGUUACAAUUCAAAGAUAAAAUCAUCUUAGAGUGUGCCCUUGGCUCAGCUGUAGGCUUUUGGGCUGUUCUUGGUUAUAUAGGACUUCUGGCUAUUUUAUGUUUUAUUUUUGCAUUUUUAGCACGAAAACUACCCGAUAAUUUCAAUGAGGCCAAGUUUAUCACUUUCAGCAUGCUGAUAUUCUGUGCAGUAUGGAUUACAUUUAUCCCAGCAUACGUUAGCUCCCCUGGGAAGUUCAGUGUUGCUGUAGAAAUAUUUGCUAUACUUGCAUCUAGUUUUGGACUGCUAAUUUGCAUCUUCAUACCCAAAUGUUAUAUAAUCUUACUGAAGCCAGAGAAAAAUACAAAAAGGAAUAUGAUGGGGAAGAAGGUACCAAAUUCACUUUGA